UAUGAUUUGCAUAUUUAAUUGUAAAACAACAAGCCAUCUGUUAUGUAAUUGCUGUAUUGCAUUACAGAUGUGAAUUUUUGAGUUCUUUGACUUUAAGCGAAUAUCAACUACGAUGAACUAGCUGAAAGCAAUAUUAGAGUAGGGAUAAUUUGAAGGACAGUGAAUGCAUCAAAGAAUGAGCAGUGUGUGUCAGUUGUAAACUCAUGGCUCUGAGGGAAACAAGUCCAUUACAUGAUUAAAAUUAUUUAUUCGUAUUCAUUUAUUCAAUUACUUGAUUAAAAAGGGGGUGAAACUAAACAUAAUAGUGUUUUUUAUUUAUUCGAAAUUUGGUUUAAAAAAUGCCGAAUUGUGCGUGUGAUAGUUUAGAAGAUACGCAAAAUAACCAUAUUUGUCAAUUGAAACUGCCAAUAGACUCUGUAAUAGAUUCUGAUGAGCAUGAAAAUGGUAGUACUGUUGAAGAUAAACAAGAGCAUUCCGAAAGUAAAAGUGAUGGAUCAGUGCGCCUGCGAAAUCCGUACAUAGAGUUCAUGGAUGAAGACUUUCUCUAUCAUUUAGGAUUGGGAAGUGGAACUCAUGAUCUUGUAGAAAUGUUUGGAGAUGUCAAGUUCGUUUGUAUGGGAGGAACGCCAAAGAGGAUGGAGAGUUUCGCCUAUUAUAUUAUGAACGAAAUAAAUUACAAGUUACCAACUGGUACAGCUUUGCUAGAUAUUACACAGAAAUCUCAUCGUUACUCAAUGUACAAAGUUGGUCCAGUACUUUCAAUUAGUCAUGGAAUGGGUGUACCAUCAUUAGGAAUUGUAUUACACGAAGUUAUCAAACUUAUGUAUCACGCCAAAGUGAAAGAUCCAGUUUUCUUUAGAAUAGGAACUUGUGGCGGGAUCGGACUUGAAGGAGGAACAGUUGUUAUUUCUGAUGAUCCAGUUGAUGGAAUGUUAAAUCCAUAUUAUGAAGUGCCAGUGUUAGGUAAAAUGCUUCGACGUCCGUCUAAAUUAGAUAAACAAUUAAGACAAGACCUACAAGCCGUUGCUGAACCAAGUGAUCAUUAUAAAACGGUAGUUGGUAAAACAAUGUGUGCUAAUGAUUUUUUUGAAGGUCAAGGUCGCCUUGAUGGUGCAUUUUGUGACUUUACAGAAAAAGAUAAAAUAGAAUAUCUACAUGAUUUACAGAAAAAAGGAAUAGUAAAUAUUGAAAUGGAAGGAGUGGCAUUUGCUGCACUCACACAUCAUGCAGGAAUCAGAGCUGCUAUUGUAUGUGUGGCAUUAUUGAAUAGACUUAAGGGUGAUCAGGUGAUGACUCCCAAAACAACAUUUGAAGAAUGGCAAAAACGUCCGCAAACUCUAGUAGCAAAAUACAUUAAAAAAUGCUUGCUAUCUAAUGGCUAUUUUUCUAAUUAGUUGAAUUUUUAUUCAUAAAAAAUAAAAAAAUGUGUAAUGAAA